GUGAAGUGUACCAUUUCAACGUUCCAAAGAAAAGAUUUGUUUAAGAGCUAUAACACUUUAAUAACUCUAUUCGAUACUUAAAAUUAUUUAAAAUAAUCUGUAUCUUUUAAAUCUUAUUAUAAGUUGUGUUUCUGCAUACAGAAAAUCGAACAAAUCGGCAAAAUGACGCAAAUGUCGCAAGACGAAAUCAUAAGCAAUACGAAAACGGUGUUGCAAGGCUUGGAAGCUUUGCGCGUUGAACAUGUUUCCAUAAUGAAUGGUAUAUCGGAGGUACAAAAAGAUAAUGAGAAAUCUGAUAUAUUGCGAAAGAAUAUUGAAAACAUUGAGCUUGGGCUGAGCGAAGCUCAAGUGAUGAUGGCCCUGACUUCCCACUUGCAAAAUAUUGAAGCUGAAAAACAAAAACUUAAGACACAAGUGCGUCGUCUUCAUCAGGAAAAUGCUUGGCUUCGAGAUGAGCUUGCCAAUACUCAACAGAAGUUCCAGGCAUCUGAACAAUUGGUAGCACAGCUUGAGGAGGAAAAAAAGCAUCUUGAAUUUAUGGCUUCUGUUAAGAAGUAUGAUGAUAAUCAGGAUCAAGAUGAAUCGUGCGAGAAGACACGUACGGAUCCUGUCGUUGAACUUUUCCCAGAUGAAGAAAAUGAAGAUAGAAACAAUAUGUCUCCGACUCCUCCAAGCCAAUUUGCAAAUCAAACAUCUGGCUAUGAAAUUCCAGCUCGGCUGCGAACACUUCAUAAUCUGGUCAUUCAGUAUGCAUCACAGGGCAGAUAUGAAGUUGCAGUUCCACUUUGCAAACAAGCCCUCGAGGAUCUCGAGAAGACAAGUGGCCACGAUCAUCCAGAUGUUGCAACAAUGUUGAACAUUUUGGCACUCGUUUAUCGUGAUCAAAAUAAAUACAAAGAGGCUGCGAAUUUAUUGAACGAUGCUUUGUCCAUUCGUGGCAAAACAUUGGGAGAAAAUCAUCCAGCCGUAGCUGCAACAUUGAACAACUUGGCCGUCCUUUACGGUAAGCGUGGUAAAUACAAGGAUGCUGAACCACUCUGCAAGCGUGCUCUUGAAAUACGCGAAAAGGUAUUGGGCAAAGAUCACCCAGAUGUCGCUAAGCAACUGAAUAAUCUGGCAUUACUUUGCCAAAAUCAAGGCAAAUAUGAUGAAGUCGAGAAGUACUAUCAGCGCGCCCUUGAUAUAUAUGAAGCAAAGCUUGGACCUGAUGAUCCCAAUGUGGCCAAGACUAAAAACAAUUUGGCCGGAUGCUAUCUAAAACAGGGAAGAUAUGCUGAAGCCGAAAUCCUCUACAAGCAAGUAUUGACAAGAGCCCACGAGCGUGAAUUUGGAGCUAUUGAUAGCAAAAAUAAGCCCAUUUGGCAGGUGGCAGAAGAACGUGAGGAGCACAAAUAUGAUAAUCGCGAGAAUACACCGUAUGGAGAGUAUGGUGGAUGGCAUAAAGCUGCUAAAGUUGAUUCACCCACUGUUACAACAACAUUGAAGAACCUUGGGGCACUUUAUAGGCGACAGGGCAUGUUUGAAGCGGCCGAAACUCUGGAAGACUGUGCAAUGCGUAGUAAAAAAGAGGCAUACGAUUUGGCUAAGCAAACAAAAGUAGCACAACUUCUCACAUCUACCGAAAAGCGACGUUCAAAACAGAUGAGGGAUGACAUGGAGUUUUCUGAUGAGAAAUCCAUCAAGCCUUAAGCACAUUCUUUGCCGUGCGGUGUUUUGUGAAAUCAAUGUGCUUUUUAUACAUACGCUAACUCGAAAAUUAAAUAUAUUUAUUCAUUCCUUAAUAUUAAUUGGGUUAAUUUUCUCAAUGAGACGGAGUUCAAUUUUAACCGCAUUCUAUUUAAAUAAAGCUGUUUAUGCUCUGAAA